GAUGAUGCAACAUUCCAGAAAUAUGAGUUAAAAAAAAAAAAAAAAAGACUUACCGAGCCCCGGUACUUGUCCAGUGAUACCAACUUCCCUCUGCUGUUGACAACUUUGAAGGAACCAAUAUAUCGACAGCAGUUCCUCCUCGGACUGUUCUCGAUGUCGGACAGUAGUGACGGGAAGAUGGCGGCAGCCUUGGUCCAGAUGACAUGUUUGUACCGAGGAAUGAUUGCCGUGAAGGCGGCUGGUAUCAGGCCACUCAUUCCUGGGCUGGUCCCGGCUCGGUUCCGGGCUUUCUCGGUGCGGAAAGAGGAAGAAGACUUGGAGAAGAAUCCUUACUACGGGAAGUACCAGGACAAGAUCAACAACAUGCGCAGUUCCAAGCCUGAGGAGAUGAAGGCACGGAUGGAAAAACGUCAAGAUGCAAAGAAGGAAGUGCUGGGACAUUCCAAGCAAGCCGAGUUUGUGAAUUUCAUGGAGCAGGAGUUGGAGAAGCGAAACGAGCUUGCAGCCGGCGAUGGAUCAUCAGCCAGUUUCACCAAAAACAAGAUGCUGAGCUCCAUCCUCAACCUGGAGCUGAUCCAGGACAAGACGGGUGAGGAGAUUGCAGAGAUCUGGAAGAAAUAUUUUGCCACCAAGGACACAAUCAGCGCUGUCAUCUCAACUGAGACGUACGACGUUAUUCACACCCGCGCCACUUCUUGUCCCAUGUUCCUGUUUGGGUUGCCACAGAUGGAAGGUUACGAGUUCUUUGUGGGUCAGUGGUCCGGCCAUGAGCUCCAUUUCACCUCACUCAUCAACAUCCAGACAAUGGGUGAGCACGCUCCCAGUCAGCUGAUCCUCUACCACUACCCUGACUUGAAGGAGAAGGGUGUUGUGCUCAUGACAGCAGAGUUGGAUCCCAAGUUUAUUACUGUCCACCAAGCUCAGUGCUUGGCCAAUCAGGUGCAGCUCUUUUACGGCACGCAGAGGCAGGAGACGCACCGAUUGGUGGAGACGUUUAACCACCACCCUGCCGAUUUCAAACACAUGGCGGUCAUAGCCGAGCUAGAACAGAGCGGGCUCGGGUCUGCACUCGCGUCCGGCUCCAAAUAGAGAAGGACAAGGACUGAGCCGAGAUCAAGUACGGCAUCAUCAACUACAGUUUAGUAAGGAGGCGGAGCUCUGUCCUUUAGCCACGCCCAGAACCCUCUGCAGGGAGUUCUCUUUAUCGCCGCCGUGAGACACCAUGAAGGCUCUUUUUGCAACCUGUUCACAUUUAGGAAGGGCUGUGAUGUGACUAUCCCAGGAUAAAAGUGUAAGAGGAUGACAACUACAGGAGAAGGUACCUGAGCAUCGUGCGAAUGCAACGUAAUCACGCUAAGCUCCACCCCUUUGUCGCUGCAGUUCUUCAGCAUGUUCACCACUUCAGCGUGUUUGGCCCACUUGCAGUCCUGUCCAUCCACCGCCACGAUGUAGUCUCCUUCCCUCAGUCCUGCCUCCUUUUAGGAGCAAGUAAAUACAUUUUUUCAUGUUUAAAAAAAAAAAAUACAAAUAAAUGCCAUUUUCUAGAGUAAGGAAGAAUAAACGGUUUUAUCUAUGUGACUUGA